UCGCUCCUCUUCUUCGACUAAAACUGCUUUCUUUUCCCGUCUUCUUUUCCUUUCGACAGUCUCGUAAAUACAAGGUGCCCUUAAGAUAUACUCAUGGCGCUUCUCCUUCGUACACCGAACCGCGCUAUCGGCACCCGCUUCUCCAAUGUCGCUACUGUUCAAAAGUAAGGUUUUUUCAACAGCCCCUUGCUUUCCUUAUUGCACAGAAGUUCACACUACCUCUUUACCAGCACUGUAUCACCUUGCUGGCAGACGCGCCUUGAGUACUUUCUCAAACCAAUCCAAACUUCCACGCCUUCCGAUCCCUGAUUUGCAAGCAACUGCUCAGCGAUACAAAAGAACUUUGUUACCAUUGUUAAACGCCGCCGAACAUGCAACAGUUAGUCAAAAAGUCGACCAGUUUGUCAGUGAAAGAGGUCUCGGUCCAAAAUUACAGGAACGGCUGCGGGCAUUAGAUCAACAAGAAGCAGUCAAAGGUGUAUCGUGGCUCGACGAGUUGUGGCUCAACAAGGGAUAUCUUGAAUACCGCGUACCGACGCUGAUCAAUGUGAACUGGUGGAACCAGUUCCAAGACCCUCCACAGGGGCUAGCAACAAAUGUCCCUGCCGGAAAGGCAAGUGAGCCACAAUUACAACGCGCCGCAAGGAUUGCAAUCAGUCUGGUUAAUUAUUCAAACAAGGUGAACAAUGAGGAAAUCCCGCCUGAUGUCUCACGCUCAGGACCAUUCUGUAUGAACCAGCUCAAAAAGAUGUUUGGCGCCAGUCGUAUUGCUGCAAAGCCUCGUGAUAAGAUUGUUACGAACUGGCCUGCAACUGCUCAACACAUCACCGUCAUCUACAAGGACCAGAUAUUCUCAGUGCCUGUAUUUGACGCUGAAGGCCAGGUGCUUUCGGACAAAGCGAUGACUAGUCAACUGCGCCGUGUUGUCGAGCAGGUGGAUAAGAUCCCUCGAGAGUUGUUGCAGCCCCCUGUAGGCGUAAUGACAUCGGAGCAUCGGGAUACAUGGGCUAACGUUCGUGAAGAGCUAGAAACCAACCCGACAAAUGCUCGAACUCUUCAGGAAAUUGAUACUUCGCUAUUCGCAAUUUGUCUGGACGAUUAUAGCUCUCCGGCUGACAUUGACCAGGCACAUCGAAAUGUUUUCCAUGGCAACGAGGCACGUAACCGGUGGUUUGAUAAGGCUUUGUCGUUUAUUGUAGAGAAUAAUGGUCGCGCUGGUGUCAAUGGCGAGCAUGCUCCAGCAGAUGCUAUCAUUCCAUUUACCAUGUUCAGUGAAGUCAUUACAAGUGAACAAGGUGCACUUGAUUCGGCCAAGGCUAACUUGUCUGCACCCGCUGCUCCAAGAUGGUUAAGCUGGGAUGUCAGCCCUACCAUUGGCGAUGCACUCAAAACUGCACAAUAUAAUGCUGCAAAUCUCAUCAAGGAUAUUGACAGCGUUCUCUUACACUAUCAUGGUUACGGCUCUACCUUGUUGAAGCAGGCUAAGGUUAGCCCUGAUGGUUGGAUGCAGAUGGCUUUCCAGCUGGCUUAUUACCGUCAACAUGGCAAAUCUGUACCCACUUACGAAGCUGCGUCUACACGAAAAUUUCUCACUGGUCGUACUGAAACUGUUCGAACCUGUUCAGUCGAUUCAGUCGCAUUCACGAAAGCUUGGGACGAUGGUGAUAUCAAGAUGGUGAAUAAAUUGGCACUGCUGGAAAAAGCAAUCGCUAGUCAUUUAGACUACAUGAAGGCCGCUGUAAACGGCAUGGGCGUUGACCGUCAUUUGCUUGGCUUGCGAUGCAUGAUGACACCCGAAGAAGCUGCUUCUGAUGCUGCAUCAAUUUUCCAGGAUCCAUCAUACGCUAAUUCACAAUACUGGAUCUUGUCUACUUCGAACGUGUCACCGGGUGAUCUGUCGUAUGGUGGAUUUGGUGCAGUCGUACCUGAAGGUUAUGGCAUUGCCUAUGCUGUGGAUAAGGAGCGUACACGCAUGAGCAUCUCUUCAUGGAACUCCUACCCGGAAACCGAUGCACCUAUCUUUAGAGAUACGGUCCAUGAUGUUUUGGAUGAGUUUGGUGAAGUUGCCGAAAAGUAUUUGAUUAAGAAGUAGAAACCGUACAUAUCACAGGACCACGUCAGCUAGAUAUAGUAGAUAUAUACUCUUCGUAGUAGUACCAAUAAUACCAUCUUUAUCCUACAAUAUCAAAGGAUUGUACUCGUAGGGGAGGGCCGUGAUUCAUUUUUCCUCCACUUUGUGCUUAUUUGCCCUCAUUUCAAUUUAGUGGUUAAGGCUCAAACCCUCCCACAUGCACUUAAAACUCUUGUAAGCCAG